CACGCGAAAUGCUGGAGGAAUUCUGCAGAUCAGGCAGCAUAUUUAUGGAUGGUUCGCCGACGCACUUCAUCAGGCCCAAUAAUUUCGCCUUUCUUGACUCAUUCACCGCUCACAGGAGAAUGCGUUCAUACCGCCGGCCUCCAUGCACUUCAGAUGCUGCCCAGCCUCCUGAGUCCCUCCAGCAUUUUGUGUGUGUCGCUAAGUUUUUUCAAACUAUUGCUUAUGUGGUUUCCAUGGAAAUGAGAAGUGACAGAGGGAGCAUGCGGCUGUCGUGGCGGAAGUCUGAUAUUUUGAGGUCCAGAAAUGUAUCACAAGCAGCCACAGACCUGAAGCAGUUUUGCCUGCAGAAUGCACAACUGGAUCCGUUACUGACAGGAAUCCAUCCAAACACCAAUCCCUUCAGACCUUUCAAACCUUGUUUGAUAUUGUAAACGCAAAUAGGAUUCUUCUUUUCUUUGGUACUUUUGGGUCUUCAAUGGGAAAUUUGUCCUUGACGCAUGGUUCUGAAAAUAAUGAAGAUGUUUACACUAAUCUUGAUUCUCGGUGGCCUUCAAACCAACAGACAAGCCGUGUUGGAUCUUUCUGAAAAUCUCUUGUAAUCUGUGCCAACUCUCCAUACUGUCAUUUUUUUUUAAAUUGUCCUUUGAUACUGAUUUAAACCUCACUUGUUGCUUCAUUCUGGUACUGUAGUUACAAUAUUAGUAGCUUGGGUGUAAUGCUAUUUCUAAAAACUUUGUACACUUGUAAUGACAUUGUAAUAAAUAUCUAAAUAUUGUGGUUAAAACCAUUUUGAUACUUUAUAUACUAGUGUGCAAGAUUGAAUGCUCUUCCCAACACACCAGAUACCACUCCCAAGGUUUCAAAAGCACCCUAGCGAGGUUCAGUAUUGAUCAUGUUAAUUUGUCCAAGGCUUUCAUCUGACAAAAGUGUAAUAGUUGAGAUUCAUUGAAAGAGCUGUAAUUUGAAACUGUCUUGAGACAUGCAACUUUUACAGUAUUGUUUUGAAGGCAGCUCAACUUUGUUAUUCAUUAUUAACAGAGUACAGGCCAUUCGGCCCACCAUGUUGUGCCAAACCGUUAACCUACUCACCCCCAUAGCCCUCCAUUUUUUCUACCAUUGACGUGUCUCUUAAAUGUCCCAAAUGUAUCUGCCUCUACCACCACCCCAGGCAGAGCAUUCCACACAUCCACCAUUUUGUGUAUUUUUUAAAAAACCUGCCUCGGAAAUCUCCCCAUACUUUCCUUGAAUCACCUUAAAAUUUUGCCCCCUUGUGUUAGCCAUUUCCACCCUGGGGGAGGGGAGUGGGGAAGACCUAUGCUUCUCAGCAUCUUAUACACCUCUAUCAAGUCGCCUCUCAUCUUUCUUCUCUCCAAAGAGAAAAGCCCUAGCUCACUCAACCUGUCCUCAUAAGAGAAGCUCUCCAACCCAGGCAGCACCCUGGCAAAUUUCCUCUCACCCUCUCUAAAGCUUCCACAUCCUUCCUAUAGUGAGGUAAGCAGUGGCCUUGCGACACACAAAUGGGUUACAGCAUUGCCAUCUACUUCGUGGCAUUUAGUCAUGUUGGGUCAACACGGUGACGUAAUGGUUCAUAUAACAUUACAGUGGCAGCAAACCGGGAUCAAUUCUGCCGCAGUCCAUAAGGAGAUUGUAUCUUCUCCCAAUGACUGCGUGCUUCCUCCCUCAUUCUAAAGACAUGGUUGAUUUAUUUAUUUAUUUAUUAAGAUACCGCUCAGAAUACGCCCUUCCCAACCUUCAAGCUGCGACACCCAGCGACCCUCAAUUAAACCCUAGCCUAAUCGCCAGACAAUUUACACUGACCAAGUAUUCUACCAACCAGCAUGUCUUUGGACUGUGGGAGGAAACAGGAGCACCUGGAGGAAAGCCACAUGGUUAUGGGGAGAACGUACAGACUCCUUACAGACAGUUUCUGGAGGUUAAUUUGUCACAUGGGUGCAAUUGGAAGGCACGGGCUCAUUGGACCAGAAGGGCCCAUUACCAUGCUGCAUCUCCCAAAAAAAAGAAAUACAGAAACAAAGAUCCGAGGCGACAGGUUUAAAGGGACAAUCAGGCAAGGCUUUUUCACACAAAGGGCAGUGUGUGUUUGGAAUGAGCUGCCAGCAAUAACGGUUAAAGUGGGCACGUUAGCUUGUUGGGUCAGAGGGGUCUGAUACCAUGGUAUAUCUUUCUAUAUUAGAAAGUUCACUGGUUCUGAGGAAAGUACGUAAGAUGUGCAAGGUCUUAUUCUGUCAGUCAAGUAUUCAAACUUAGGAGGUUUGGCAUAAAGCCACAACUAUUUGGAAUCUUAAUCCCUGGUAUAUGCAGUACUUAAUCAAUUCAAAAUGGGCAUAAUGUGGUUCCACUGUUGACUUACAGUCUUGUUUAGUAUUAUUGCAGUGUAGGCUAGUCCAAGAAUCUAAAUCUUUCAAUAAACUUUUUUAAAUGUGCAGAUUAGGAGUGACUGGCAAACUAAUUUUAUGGCAGUUCUCAUCCUGAAUUAGUGAGGUAACAAAUAGAGUAAAGUAUUGUAUUAAAUUGAUCUUUUGCAUGGCAUUGCGUUUUUGAAACAUUUGAUUCUGAAUCAUUUUGUGACCUGUAUCUCAGCCUUAUCUUUUUUGUGUGGUUCUCAUGUAAAGAAACAUCAGUCUUUCUCUUUUUGUAAGCAACAAGCAUUCCAGAUCAGAAAUAAAGGUUCUUCCU